AUGCGUCCAUCUCAGGACCUCCGGCUGGCCGUGCUCCUCCUUUUGUCAGCCUCCGUCCUCCUCCCCACAGCCAGAGCCCAGCAGGAAACCGAGGAGGAGGAGGAGUUCAGCUACUCGCUGGACGCAGAGAAUGGGCCGGCGCACUGGGGCGACAUCAAGGAGGAGUGGUCCGCGUGCGGCAAGGGCAACAUGCAGUCGCCCAUCGACCUCGCCAGCCCGCGCGUCUCCCUCGUGCGCGGCCUCGGCUACCUCAACCACUCCUACGCCCCAGCCAACGCCACCAUCGUCAACCGCGGCCACGACAUCAUGCUCAAGUUCGAGGGCGACGCCGGGAGCGUCUCCAUCGGUGGCACGCCCUACUUCCUCCGGCAGUUGCACUGGCACUCCCCCACGGAGCACAGUGUCAACGGCCGCCGGUACGACAUGGAGCUACACAUGUUCCAUGAGAGCACCGAGGGCAAGGCCGCCGUCAUCGGCAUCUUCUACGAAAUCGGUGCCCACGACGCCUUCCUGCACAAGCUGGAGCCAUACCUGGAAAUGAUAGCGGAUCGGAAGGACAGGGAGGAGAAGAUGGGGAUGAUGGACCCGAGGGGCGCCCGGGGCAAGGCCAGCGUCUACUACCGCUACCUGGGCUCCCUCACCACCCCGCCCUGCUCAGAAGGGGUCAUCUGGACCAUAGUCAAGAGGGUACGUCCCGUUUCAUUCAUUCACCGUCACACAUCACCUUGCAUCAUACACAACUACCAACUAACAACUAUCAGUAAAAUAUUUCAUUUCUGUCCAUCACAUGACACACUACUUGCAACUGUCAAACAAAAGAAUUCGUUUCUGGAACUUAGCAGUUGGCACGGAGCUACCGGUUCGAUCUAUCUACAGAUCCUUUGA